AUGGGGGCCGACUUCCAGGACCUGUUCAAGUUUGUUGAUCCGAAGGCUCUGCGUGCUUUGGUUGAUGUGGUCAUCCCGUCCAGCGGCAAGAAGAGAAAAGCCUCUGGGAAAGAGGAGAAUCCAGACGAGGUAGGCGAUGAUGUGGAGAAGGACAAGGUCAAAGUAGAGCCAGAGGAUGAACAGGAGGAAGCGAAUGCCAGCGAAGAAGAAGGGGUGGGCUCAUCCAGCCUCAUCAAGGUAAAGAAGCCGAGUGCAAAGGCAAAAGCGAAAGCCAAAGCGAAGGCGGAAGCAAAGAGCAAGGCGGAGGCUGCGCCCAAGGCCACUGGCAAGGCAGCGGGCAAGGCCAAAGCCCGGGGGAAGGCGAAGGCGAAGUCGUGA